UGCACCAUCGCGCACUUUAGCGAACUUCUCUGCUUUCGUCUCGGAGCAGUUCACUAAUCUCUCAACUCCGAAAGCCUCAAACUUUCUUCCAUCUCCUUCUUCUUCCUCCAAUUACUUUCCACAUUUCAAACCCUAGGGUUUCCACUGCGGCAUUUCAUGGCGGUUCGCGCCAUUCUAUUCCUUCUGUGGGCCUGCCUCUUCGUAAACGGUUCUCUUUCGCUCACAUUAUCGUCAAAGCUCGUGCACCGCUUCUCUGAGGAAGCCAUGGCAGUAUGGGAGUCGAGACGUGGCGAUAACGCGUCCUUGAAGCCAUGGCCGAAGAGGAACAGCUUGAAUUACUUCCAGCUUCUUCUGCAAAGCGAUCUGAAGCGGCAGAAACUGAAGCUCGGCUCCAAGUACGAGCAUCUAUUUCCGUCUGAAGGAAGCCAGACCUUGUUCUUCGGGAAUGAGCUUGAUUGGUUACAUUAUACGUGGAUUGACAUAGGUACACCGAAUGUUUCGUUUAUGGUUGCAUUGGAUGCUGGGAGCGAUUUGCUUUGGGUCCCAUGUGAUUGCAUACAAUGUGCUCCUUUGUCUGCCUCCUAUUAUGAUACUUUGGAUAGGGACCUAAAUGAGUAUAGCCCGUCUUUAUCAAGGACCGGCAAACAACUAAGUUGCAGUCACCAGUUAUGCAAGUCGACCACCAAUUGUAAAGGUCCAGAGGAGCCUUGCCCUUACAUUGUUCAGUACAAGUCAGAUGACACUGCAAGUUCUGGGUUUCUGAUUGAGGAUGUUUUGCAUUUGACAUCAGCCAGCAAAAAUUCAACACCAAGUUCUGUGCAGGCUUCGGUCGUUUUUGGCUGUGGUAGGAAGCAAAGUGGUGGCUAUUUGGAAGGAGCUGCUCCUGAUGGUGUCAUGGGUUUGGGACCUGGGGAGAUUUCAGUUCCGAGUGUACUUGCAAAAGCAGGAAUGAUUCAGAAUUCAUUUUCACUUUGUUUUGAUGACAAUGGUUCCGGGAGAAUUCUCUUUGGUGACCAAGGGAAUCUUGCCCAACACUCUACUCCUUUCUUGCCUGCGGCGGGAAAAUAUGUUAAUUAUUUUGUUGGAGUAGAGCGCUUAUGUGUUGGGAGUUCCUGUCUCAAGCAAACUGGAUUCCAAGCUCUGGUCGACAGUGGCUCAUCUUUUACAUAUGUUCCAACUGAAGUUUAUAAAAAAAUUGUAUUUGAGUUUGACAAACAAGUGAAUGCUACUAGAAUUAACCUCCAACAGUCUCCUUGGAAGUACUGCUACAAUGUCAGUUCAUGGGAGUUGCUUAGCAUUCCUACCAUCAAACUCAUGUUCCCUUUGAACCAAAGCUUUCUAGUCCAUAAGCCAGUAUUUUCUGAGUCUCUCAAUCAGAAAUACACAAUAUUCUGUUUAACUUUACUGCGGACAGAUGAUGACUAUGGUGUCAUUGGACAGAACUUCAUGGUGGGUUACCGCAUGGUUUUUGACAGGGAAAAUCUGAAGCUGGGUUGGUCCAUUGCCAAUUGUGAAGAUAACGGUAAUGGUAAAAGAGUUAAUCCCACACCGUCAAAUAACGGGUCAACAAGCCAACUGCCGACCAGUGAGCAACAGAGCAUCCCUAACACUCAUGCUGUUGCACCUGCCACGGCGAGGAACGCACCCUCCAAAUCCUCUGUAGCAGCAUCCAGGCAAAUCCCCCUCCUGCUCUGUUUGACAAGUUCAUUACUAUUGCUAAUGCGUCUAUUAAUCUUAUCUUGUUGAACCUCUGGAACAUGUAAAUAAAAUUCUUUAUAGUUUUGGUGUAUCUAAUUUCAGUUCGUAGAUAUCUUGUUUCUGUACUGUGUGCCUUUUUUGUAAUGCUGCUAAAUGGACCACGUAAUUGUUUAUGAA